CCGGCUGCUGGAGCGCGCUGUGCCGCAGGAGAUCAUACAGAAUAAAGAGAAAAUCGCGUCUCUCUCCCGCAUACAUGGUGACACUCCCAUGGGUUCCGAGCGGAUGGAGAUGCGCAGGCGGCAGCGGGUGUUGCAGCGGGGGGUUUCAGGCGAUGGGGGUGCUCCACAGACCUCAGGGAAUCCAGCCUCAAAUGCCUGCUGCUUCUGUUGGUGCUGCUGCUGCAGUUGUUCCUGUCUCACCACUAGGAACAAUGAGGGGGAUGAUGGGAGUUGUGAAACCUCCCGUGAUCCCAAGACUGAGGGAGGCGAUGUCUGGCAAGACAGCCCCAGGCCCAGCGUGGAGGAGGUGCGUUCCUGGGGACAGUCCUUCGACAAGCUCAUGAAGUGCCCGGCCGGGAGGAAGGCCUUCCGGGAGUUCCUGCGGACAGAGUUCAGCGAGGAGAACAUGCUCUUCUGGUUGGCCUGCGAAGACCUCCGACAGGAGACCAACAAGAGUGCCAUUGAGGAGAAGGCUGGCCUUAUCUACGAGGACUACAUCUCCAUCCUGUCGCCCAAGGAGGUGAGCCUGGACGCCCGGGUUCGAGAGGCCAUCAACAGGGGCAUGCUGGAGCCGACGUGCCACACGUUCGAUGACGCCCAGCUGCAGAUCUACACGCUCAUGCAGAGAGACUCGUAUCCCCGCUUCAUGAACUCUCCGGCCUACAAGACCAUCCUUCAGACCCUGUCGGAGCAAAGCCCGGAAUCAUAGUUCAGUUGAUUGCGGACCUCCUUUUUGUUGGGUCAACACUGGUCACCAGGUCCUCAGCCGGUCAAACCACUGUGCCCAUGUGCAAGGUGGCUCACGUGACUACUACAUUGCAAAGCACAGCAUUGUGUUAACUGAGCAUCAAAAGCCAUUCCAGAGGACAGUGAGCAUGUUUCAAACAUUUUUUUAAUAGAAAUUUGUUGUCAUUACCAUUUUUCUACUUUUGUUAAGAAGAUGAACGUAUGUGACACAUAGUGUCUCUCAGCUGCUCUGCAGGGGGCCAU